UCAGAAACUGAAGGGUCUGUCUGAAGUUUUCCUGUGCUCGAGCUUGCUGACGUUGUGUGUGAACUUACUAUCCACAAGAGCUUUUUGUUUGGAUCUGGUGGGGGAUGUUCUGUUUAACUGCCUGGGAAGGUGGACGGAGGCCUGUGAAGGGGGCUCUCGUUGCUCUUUAGCUUCUGCCAGUGCCAUUCUGUGAGUGCGGGUUGGCUUAGAUUCGCCAUGUGCCUCCCACUCCCCACCGUGAAUAAGAAGAGCUGGUGAAGAGCCAGAGUACAAAAAAAGUGGAAGGAGACGCGAUUUAUUGUACAACGAAGCCCGCGCAGAGUGUGGGAAGAAAGGAUUUCUUUAACUUUGUAACUGCAAGUCCAAGAUGUCUACCGGGUGGGAGUCUUUUGUUAAGGCGGCUGCAGCCUGCUUGCUUCUGCUGUGGGGCUCCCUGGAGCGGAGCGGCACCAACCACACGUCUCCUCACGACCGCUGUAAGAAGGUUUCGGACUGCGAGCCCCUGAGAUACAACACAUGCCUCGGCUCCACACUGCCUUACACACACACUUCGCUCGCCCUGGCCGAGGACUCCACAACUCAAGAGGAGGCACACAACAAGCUGGUCCUGUGGUCAGGGCUGCGGAAUGCUCCAGGCUGUUGGACUGUGAUUCAGCAACUGCUGUGUGCUGUCUACAUGCCAAAAUGUGAAAAUGGCAAAGUGGAACUGCCUGGUCAGGUCAUGUGCCAGAUCACGAGAAGCCCCUGUGCCAUUGUGGAGCGGGAGAGAGGCUGGCCUGACUUUCUGAAGUGUUCGAUUGACCGCUUUCCUGAAGGAUGCCAGAAUGAAGUUCAGAACAUAAAAUUUAACACCUCUGGCCGCUGUGAGGCUCCUCUGGUGCGCACAGAGAACCCCAAGAGCUGGUAUGAGGAUGUGGAAGGCUGUGGGAUCCAGUGUCAGAAUCCUCUCUUCACAAAUAGCGAGCAUGAUGCCAUGCACGUCUACAUUGCCAUCUUUGGUUCUGUCACCAUUCUCUGCACAUUCUUCACACUGGCCACAUUUGUUGCUGACUGGAAGAAUUCUAAUCGUUAUCCUGCUGUCAUCUUGUUCUAUAUAAAUACUUGUUUCUUUAUUGGAAGCAUUGGCUGGCUUGCACAGUUCAUGGAUGGGGCAAGGAAGGAAAUUGUGUGCAAGGCAGAUGGAACCAUGCGACUUGGAGAGCCAACGUCCAAUGAAACACUCUCCUGUGUUAUAAUUUUUGUGAUUGUCUAUUACUCGCUCAUGUCUGGAGUGAUCUGGUUCGUGAUGCUUACGUACGCCUGGCACAUGUCCUUCAAGGCUCUUGGCACCACCUAUCAGCCUCUCUCUGGCAAGACUUCCUACUUCCACCUUAUCACCUGGUCAAUUCCAUUUAUACUCACCGUCGCUAUCCUAGCAUUGGCUCAGGUGGACGGAGACUCUGUUAGUGGGAUCUGCUUUGUUGGAUAUAAGGAUUAUCACUUCCGGGCAGGAUUUGUCCUGGCUCCAAUUGGAUUGGUUCUGCUGGUUGGUGGCUAUUUUCUUAUAAGAGGUGUCAUGACCCUGUUCUCAAUUAAGAGUAACCAUCCGGGGCUCCUGAGUGAGAAAGCAGCCAGCAAAAUUAAUGAAACAAUGCUACGCCUUGGUAUUUUUGGUUUCCUGGCAUUUGGUUUUGUCUUCAUCACAUUUGGCUGCCAUUUCUAUGACUUCUUUAACCAGGCUGAUUGGGAGAGGAGUUUCCGUGAUUUUGUUCUGUGUGAAGCCAAUGUUUCCAUUGCUGAGCAAACCAAUACACCCAUCCCUGAAUGUAGCAUCAAGAAUCGCCCCAGUCUCUUGGUGGAAAAGAUUAACAUAUUUGCCAUGUUUGGGACAGGCAUUGCCAUGAGCACCUGGGUGUGGACCAAAGCUACAGUCUUGAUCUGGAAAAGGACAUGGUUGAGAAUUAUUGGCCGAAGUGAUGAUGAGCCAAAGCGAAUCAAGAAAAGCAGAAUGAUUGCCAAAGCUUUCUCAAAGCGAAAGGAAUUACUGAAAAACCCAGAUAAGGAGCUGUCAUUCAGCAUGCAGACAGUCUCUCACGAAGGCCCAGUGGCUGGAAUCAACUUUGAUCUGAAUGAGCCAUCUGCUGACCUCUCAUCUGCCUGGGCUCAACACGUAACCAAGAUGGUGGCCCGAAGGGGAGCCAUUUUACCUCAGGACAUUUCUGUCACUCCAGUAGAAACACCAGUUCCCCCGGAUGACAAUAAGAAGGACCUCUGGAUUAUUGAGGCUGAGAUUCCCCCAGAACUUCAGAAGAAAUCUGGGAAGAAGAAAAAGAAGAAGAGGAGGAAGAAACGUGUUGGACCUCUUGGGUCUCCAGAGGAGCCACAAGACAUGGGCUACUGCACUGAAAGAGCAUCUAGUACCAUCCCACGCUUGCCCAAGUUGAUGGGGCAGAAAAGCUUGGUUUCUAAAGCAGCAGAACCAGCUAGCAUGCAGGAUAUUUUACCAGGCGCUUUUUUGGAAUAUGAAUUCAGCCCUGGACCCCAUGAUGGGAGACAUCUCAGAGGAGCACAUAGUAGCUCUUCAGGGCACAGAGGGAAUCCACCUCUAAAUUUGAUUGCCAACCCCCUUUCAGUUGAGGACGUACUGCAGAGUGACCUGGGAUUUUCUCACGGAGAUCGAUUCUGGCCUCCGCAGAGACCAUGCAAUCGUGCAGUCACCCAUCCCUCUGCCAAUAUGGAGCUCGGAGGACUCCCUGCAAUUAAUAUCCCCCAUUUACCCACAUCCCAGGGGAGAAGGACUGCUAUUGCACCUAUACAUUCAAGAACAAAUUUGGUGGAUACAGAGUUAGUGGAUGCUGACUCAGAUUUUUGAACCUUGGGUCUAUUGGAAUUGUUUAAGCAUUAACAACAUGAGGAGCAGCACUGUCUGACUUCUACUGGGAACUUCAGUAAAUGUCCACUGCAUUUCAAAUAAAUUUGUAGAAACCAGAGAAGGUACUUUACUGAUCAGUUAGAAGUAUGAAAAGCUAGUGCUGCAAGUAAAUUCAUUGCUUGAAUGAGAUCAUGGAAACAGUAGGAAGUGGUUUACUACCAUUCUCAAAGUGAUCAAAGUUACAAAGCAUACUAGCUACCAUGAACUGAAAAGAGGUCCUUGACUUCAAUGCCCAUGUUUACGGGUCACAUUGUUAAUAAACUAUCCUGACAGACCAGUUUGGUAAAGUUAUUCAAGACAUUUUCAGAGCUAAGGCUCUGAAUCAACCCAGACUGGGAAUGCAAGUAGCUUCUGUCUAUGGUUCUGCAUUCUGCUAGACGAGGAUUAUUCAUUGAUCUUGAUAAAAAUUUAGAUGCUUUUUUACACUUUAUCUUCAAUUGCAUUUUGUAAAUGCCCACUAGGUUAUACCGUAGAAGACUACAGAAUAAGAUCUGGCCAUUCAUCCCAGCCUGUGUGUACUGGCUCUUUCCUAGAACAAUAUAAAUCCAAUCCCAUUGCUUGUCCCUCCCUUUGAAUUCAUAUCCAAUUUCCUUAUUAGAUCCAAUGUCUCUCCUUUAGCCAAGCCCUUUAAUAAAGCAUUCCAGACUCCAGUAAUUGUUUGUAUGAAGAAUUUUCAUUCUCUGAGUUGUAAUUUAAACUUGAUGAUCCCUUUCACUGACUCUGCAACCAGUUGAAUAAUGAGUGAAUUUCUUAUGGGGCUCUCCCUUUAAUAAUUUCACUGUAAAAUGUUUCCUGUGCUACUGAAUGACACCUCCCAAAUUUUAACUGUUUACAUUUUUGUUUACAGUGUUGAUGUGUUUUAUUUCACAAAGAUGUUCUUUGUUGUUUAUGACAUUUUGAAAGGUUAAAAAUUAAGGACAACUUAAGAUCAUUUGCUAAAACUCUUUUAAUAUAAAAAAACAAUUUUGAUCAGAUUUGGGAAAUGAUGAUUGGGGGUUUUAUCCGGGAAAGUAUCAGCCUCACAUGCUCUAAAAGGAAGGAGGAAUGUUAAUCAAUAGAUGCCCAAACCUGCUUGGCAGCUGAGAUCUGUGAUGGUUAUACAGUCUAACAUACAUGAGCACCAACAGUUGCACCUUUAAAGCUUCACUAAAGUUUGUCAUGUUGUUGUCUGCUGUGUUUUAUUGUAGAUGGCGUACAUGUUGGAGUGGUCCUUGGAUACAGUCUUGUGGUAGUAACCAUAUUGCAGGAAUAGCAAAUAGUGACAGAUAAUCUGUCUUAAUCCUGCUCAAACUGGUCAUCCCCUCCCUAAUCUGCAACUUCAACUAUAAUCAUCCUUUACCCUUUUAAUCCACUACUUUUCUGGCUGUUAACCUCUUGUAAAUGUCAUGUCAUUCAAAACAAUGUUGCCCUCAUUCCAUCCUGUUGCAAAUUCCACUUGCUCUGUCUUUGCAUAUCUACAUUAGCUGUGAAUCCCCAGUAACUUUAAAAUUUGUUCUUAAAUCCUUUGAUGGCAUCAACCCUCUUUCUCUGCAAUCCCAUCCAGUCCUACAAACCUAACAUCUUGGUGCUUUUCCAAUUUUGAACUCUUGUGCAUCUCUCUUUACCAUUGGCAGUAAUGCCUAGUCCACCUCCCCACCCAUAUAAAAAAAAUCCCUUUGUCUCUCUCCUUUCCGAGUCUAACAAUUUCCUUACUACCCAUUUCUUUUCCAAAUGCUUAGUCUUUCUCGCGAUAUCUCCUUCCAGAUCAAAGUGGAGUUCUGUGUACUUCAUUGAAAAACCUUGGGGAAUUUUGCUUAUGAUAAAUACAUUCCAGCUGCUUACCUGAUGCAGUUUCUAGUCCAACCAAAGCCCAAGCACAUUCAGUAACUCCAUAUAAUGGGCAACCAUAACAGCUUGGCCACAUGAACUGUUCUCCUUGGUGUUCUCCUAACAUUUGUGGUGCUGAACCCCUUAAAAUGACUCUGAUUUGAUUGUCCAUUGAGAGACAUAAUGUACUUCAAAUAUUUUGAAAUUACUUUUAUUGCCUGAAUCUUUUUUGGAUAUAAAAAGUUUAAUGAAGAACAUUGCAGUGUAGGCUCUGUGAUCGAGCAAUUUUGUUUGACCGGAUCAUGCAUCAGAAUUGAGGACCAUUAUUUUAAUAUAGAAAAAUAUUUUGUAAGCAAAAGGAUAAGUAACAUUUAAAAAAAAGAUAUAAGGUGGUAUUGUAAACGUUAGAAGUUAGAACUACAAGAUACUGAGUUACAAGGAAAUAAAACAUCUGAUUUGGUUACCGUUGUACUACAAAGCAUUGUCAAUAUUUCUGAAUUAGCACCCACAACACUUCACAGGAUGUUAGCAAUUUGGGAGUGUGAUGCCUACUGAUUCCCUCCUCCCUCAAUUGUUCACCGUCCUGAUAACUGGAGUACUGAUCUCACCACGCUUGAAAUUAUGUUGUGGUUGACUGAAAUCUCCCUUUGCUACUGUAACAAAGCCAUCAACCCACUGAUUUCAAAUGGUUAAAAUGUCCACGUGUAGCAAAGGAAUGUUCAACAAUCAUAGUCAGUGUUGUGCUUUGUAUUCCACCACCUAUUGGUUGUGAUUUUUGUGCUAGUAAGCUGUCUGUAAUGAGGAAUUGUAUUUAUCCAGUGUCACCUCUGACUAUUCUCAUUGGGUUGAGAGGUGGCAGGUAAAGAGGAUAAUCCCAUCAAGUCCUGCCCUAACCACUCACUCAUGUACAAGGGCAUUUCCCUUCCCUACUACUCUUAUACAACUGCCUAUGAUUUUCCAAUUUUAAUGGCAAUUUGUGCCAAAAUGCAAUCAAAGUUCUGCUGUAAUUUACUCUGGAUGAGCAUUUGCCCCCAAAUCUAACAGACCCAGUAAACCAAGAGUCCAAUUUGUCAUGACAUAGUUUGUCUCCACAGUGCUCUUGCUAUGCUGUUUUACUCUAUGCCUCAUUCUGACUCUGGCAAGCUACCACUAGCAGUAGCAGCAGUCAGUGCGCUCAAUGGCAUCUGGUUGUAGAGUGCUUGGUCCAAGAUCCAGAGGAUAGUAGAUCAGGUUAACUAGUCUAAAGACAUUCUUGUGGAGCACCAGAAGGAGUGGUACCCCAGAUUUCUAACCUGAACGAGAGCACCUGCUGAUACAUAUGAACCUAUAAAUUAGGGGGAGUACACUACUCUGCCACCUGACUCUAUUUCACCAUUCAGUAAAAAUAUGGUUAAUCUGUAACCUCCAUUCUGCAAUCCCACCUAACUCCAAUAACCUUUAAUAUUUAUUUCAAUAUUGUACAAAUCAAAGUGCUGUCUCCAACUAUGAGUACAUUUUGAAUGAACGUAAUCAGGAAUUGCUCCGUGCACUUUUAAUUGCAAAGAUUCCACUGCCCAAUGUUACAAUUUGUUGAUACAGGGUGAGAGUUGGAAUUUUCCAAGCUUGACUUGUCAAUGAGGAACCACAUGUUUCCAUGCAUGUUGCUGGUCAAGGCUACCUGUCACUGACAGCAACUCAGCCUUCUGGUGAUAGAAAUAUCAAUCACAGAGUGAUAGGUCGGUUAGAUUUGUUGACCACCCCACUCUUAUAUUUAAACACAUCCUGCAUUUUUAAAAAUAACAUUAUUUAUCUAUGUUGCCUUCGAUUACUCCAAAAGGUAAAAUGUUGGUGGUUCUUGUUACUCAUGAAAUGUGAGGUGCACUUUAUCGGGAGUAAUUUUAAUAUUGUCCGAUAGAGCAAACUGGGUGAUACCAGAUUGCCGGUCCUCACCUUUAUUUCUCAAUUACUGCUGAUUUACUGUCACUCAUUGUACACUAAUACUCAAGGUAAAAAUGCACCUACAAGUAAGUAUGCAUACAUUGUAUGUGUGAACCCAAUAAAAAUCUGACAUAAUGAGAUCUUGGUAAUCCUGAUCCUCGCCUUACUCACUUUCUCUGCCAACUCAUAGUCUAUUUCUGUCAAAUGUUGAAAACUUGAUAUUUUUUUAUAGAAAUGGUUAUUUUUCUAUCAUAUAUAGCCAUUUAAAACUUAAUUGUGAUCAGUGUAUAUAGAGGUCAGUAGUGUGAAACUUUUGUAGUGGAAAAAUGUCAUUUUUAACACUUAAUUUCUUAGUUUGCAUCUACUU